CCCGAACCCGGAAGUGCGCUCUGUGACGCUUCCGGGCGCGUGUGCUGCGUGUUUGUUUUUUUUCGGCGCCUGCGGUUCGUCCAGGAUCAGAACCAAGACCAGGACCAAGACCAGGACCAAGACCAGAACCAGGACCAGAACUGAGCCCGGACUCGAGGCGGAGAUGGCUCGUAACGCGGAGAAGGCCAUGACGGCUCUGGCCCGGUUCCGUCAGGCGCAGCUGGAGGAGGGAAAAGUCAAGGAGCGGCGUCCGUAUCUGGCGUCUGAAUGUGACGAGCUCCCCAAAGCCGAGAAGUGGAGACGACAGAUCAUCAGUGAAGUCUCAAAGAAAGUCGCUCAAAUCCAAAACGCGGGUUUGGGCGAGUUCCGGAUCCGAGAUCUAAACGAUGAAAUCAACAAACUCCUGCGAGAAAAACGCCACUGGGAAAUACGAAUCAAAGAACUGGGAGGACCGGACUACAGGAGGUUCGGGCCCCGGAUGUUGGACCACGAGGGUCGAGAGGUUCCAGGAAACAGAGGAUACAAAUACUUUGGAGCCGCACGAGACCUGCCCGGAGUCCGAGAACUGUUCGAGAAAGAACCGGCGCCGGAGGUGAGGAAGACGAGGGCGGAGCUGAUGAAGGACGUGGACGCUGAGUAUUACGGAUACAGAGACGAAGACGACGGCGUUCUGCUGCCGCUGGAGGCGCAGCACGAGAAGCAAGUAGUAGCUAAGGCGGUGGAGAAGUGGAGGUCUGAGAAAGAUCAAAACAGAACUGAAGAAGAAGAAGACAUUUACAAAGUCACAGACCAUCAGUGGGGGGAGGAGCAGGAAAGGGAUGAAGCUGCUGAAGACGACGAAGGAGAAGAAGGAGCCGUGUUCACCGCCCACGUCCCAGUGCCCUCCCAGAAAGAGGUGGAGGAGGCUCUGAUCCGGAGGAAGAAGAUGGAGCUGUUACAGAGAUACGCCAGUGAGACUUUACAGCACCAGAGCCAAGAGGCGCGUACUCUGCUCGGACUCUGACACACUACUGCGACUACUGCGACUACUACAAGUACUAUGAGUACUACUGCGACUACUACAAGUACCACGAGUACUUUUACUGCUACCACCACAACCUGCAGACCACGACUCAAACACUUAUGUAAAUACUUUUUGUAACUUUUUCAUUAAAAAAACUAAAACUA